AGCGAUAAUUACAAGUUACAUGUAUUAGACAAAGCCAUCGUAUUUUGUAUUUUAUAAAAAUGUUGUAAUUUAGAGAAAUGAUGCAGCAGCAGACACAAAACGUACAACCUCCAAAUACACCUAGUUUCCAGAUACCCGCAUAUGUCCUAGAUGAUCUUUGUAGUCGUUUCAUUAUCAACAUACCCGAGGAAGAGCGGCUGGACUUGAUAAGGAUUUUCUUCCAGAUAGAGCUAGCCCAUUGGUUCUACCUGGACUUUUACUGUGCUGAACAACCAGAGUUAAAAACAUGCGGCAUCAAAGAUUUUUCUGCUCAGAUAUUUCAUCACUGUCCGUUCUGAGUGGACAUGCACGGAAAAGGGGACGAUCCUCGGAAA